UGUUUUGGCCACGCAGCGUUGAAAGUAGUUGCGAGCUCGACGGCCCGCAUAUAUGGCAUGGUCUCUUAGUCAUUUGUCAGAUGGGCAACAGCAGCUGCCAGUCAUGCCAGUCAUGCGGAGUUGCAGACUGCGACAAAAGCGGCUCCACAGCGCCCAGUAAACCGCCUGUUGACAGCCAGCAGGUCCUGUCUACACCACCUCCCUGCACUAGCAGCUGGGAUUUUACAUCUUUCAGCCAUACGACGCCUGUCUUGCAGACGGUGGCAUAUCAGCUGAUAUCUCCAGCCUUCAGAAGGUGUGGAGGUACCAAGGUGGAGCUAUUGAAAAGCUUCUUGCGGGCCGUUGCCUCCACCUACCAAGCCAAUGCCUUCCACAACUUUGCGCAUGCCGUGGAUGUCCUCCAAGCCUUGUGCUGGCAGAGCGAUCAAAUCAACUGCGACCAGCUGCGGAAUCCAACGCAGCACUUGGCUUUGGCCAUUGCUGCAAUAUCUGUGGAUCUGGGUCAUCCUGGCUUAGACAAUGCCUUUCUGAUAGAUACGGGCGAUCCUAUUGCUCAAUGCUACAAUGACUUCGCUCCCCUGGAGAAUUUGCAUUGCAGCAAGCUUUUCGAGCUGCUGAAGAAGGAUUCGCUGAAUGUGAUGAGUCACCUGGCAGUUGAGGACUUCCGCGAAGCCCGAAGCCUCAUCAUCGACGUCAUCCUGCACACAGACAGAUACCGUCACACGGAGGUCUUGAACGAUGUCCGAGGAAUUGCUCGGCAAGGCUAUGCACCAAAGAGUGCAGAUCAUUCUUCUCCGGAAGGUGUCGAGAUCCUGCAGGCGUUGAUGCGAGCGAUGAUGGUGUUCUCUGACCUGGCUCAUCAAGCGAGGCCUUUACAAACUUCAAAUACCUGGGCCACGAUGCUGGAGCAAGAGCUGAGUGUCCAAAAUGAGCGUGAGCGUGACUUGGGGCUUCAGGUGCUUCCGUUGAAUCGGUGGAAGCCGUCACGCAGCGACUUGCAACUCCACCUUGCGCUCAGUAGAUCUGGGCCGUUGCUGGGAGCUCUGCUGCACAUCUUUCCCGCCUUGGCCGCAGCAUCGGACCAGCUGGCAGACAAUGCUCGAAGUUGGUCACAUGAGUGUGUUGCGCAAGAGGAGGUGGAAGGGAAGCCUCAGACCGAUGGUCGAGCGAAAAAGAUCGAAAGUCUGCUGGACCCAGCGCGCCCUGCCCCCGCGCCGGUGCCGGAACCAAAACAAGGGCAUGACCGUUUCGGGUAUUUGGGUGCGGCUCGACCCUACACUGGGAGGCAGCAGAGACUUACGACCUCGACCAUGGCCAGCACCUUGAGCUCCAGUCCUCAAACGUCAACGGUUUCAACAGAGCCUCCCACCAGUAUGUUGAAUGGCAACAGGCCACCUCCUCCUUUAGUCAGAGAGGUGCGACGCUGGCAAGAAGGAAGAGCUCAGGUGAUGCAGGGCAACAAGGAUCUGGCGGAAUCGACCAGCAAAGGAAGAGAGUUGGUCUUGCUGUAUGUGCUUUCCGACCCUGAUGGUAGGGGCCCGCCCAUUUCAUAUCGCUGGGUGGACCGGAACAGUGCCAGCCCGGAAGAUUUGGCUGCGGCAGAUGCGGCCGUGGUACGAGGUCAAAGGGCUGCAAGUGACGAUGUGUUUUUGGAGAGCAGAAAAAGGAGAGGCAGCUCAUCAGUCACUUCGUCUCCUCUGGCUUUUCAGUCACAUCGAGCAGCGGAUGCGGUUGUCACAACAGUGGAACCUUCUCGAUUUGAUGACGUUUUGUCGUCCCUUCUGCAUGGAAAUAUGGUAGUUCCAAACGAAGGGGUUUCGAGUCCCAGUCCUUCUCAUCGCCGUGCCUCGCGAACUUCAGCAGUGAUCUCGGAUGUUUCUGCUGCAACACGUGACCGUGCGGCAGCCGCGGCGUCAGUCUUCAGUGUGCUGAUGAGAGGAGGCCACUGAGCCAUAUUUUUUGCCGUCGGCAGGUAGUCUGAUGCAAUCAUUGCUGGUCAUGUA